GGUGGUCGUCUUCCAGAGAUCGGCUCCCUAACUCGACCCAUCCUCUCCCCGUCUUCCGCUUUCCCACCAAAAGCGCGAGAAGAGGAAGCGCGCGCUCUCUCUCUCAAUCUAAAAGAGAAGGGGAUUUUGAUUUGAAGUGCUGAAGGAGUCCAAUUUCAUGGAUGGGAAUCGAGCCAAAAGAGCAUCUAUAAAAGCCCAACACCCCAAUUGGAAGGAGAAGCUUAGGCAAAAUUGCCUGAGAAGAGUUCAGGAGGAGAGAGCCCAGUUGCUUUGGAAAAUCAGGUCAAGUGGACAGCAAUCUCUGAAUGAGAAGGAGAUUGUGGAAACUGCAUUCAGGGACAUAGUUUCUGAUGAGCUGCAGAAGAUUAAGCAGUCAUCUUCAAGCAAAAACCAGAUUACCUUUGUUCCCAAUAAUAGUGAACUAAUAUGGGAAUUUGAUGGUCUGCAUACAAGUAGCUCAAAGGAAACUGAAAGUGAGGAGCUAAUGUUAGAAAUGGAGAGACUUCUUUAUGAAGAUCUGCGAGAGGAAUUGAUCAGGAGAGAGCUGGAGGUUCUUGAGGAAGAGGAUGAAUACUUAGCUCGAGCAGUUUUUGAACGCAUGCAACUUAAUGAUGACCAGAAUGACAGAGUAUGGUGCCCGAUCUGCAAACGAGGAGAGUUACGAGAGGCCUAUCAUCUCAUCUAUUGUACUUGUUGCAAGCUGCGGCUUGACCUUGAAAAUGAUAAGGUAACCCUGGACUUCCUGCGAGAUCGAUUGGGUGAAGUACACAUAGAACAUCUUGACAGAGGAUGCAGAGCAACACCAAAAUUCUGCAUGCACACUAUGUUUAAUCUGACUGCUUUGUACAUCCAGUGCCAAGCAUGCAACACAUUUGAAAUUGUAGUGUAACUCAAAUAGCAAUGUGAAGAAGAGAAAUAAAGUAAAGCAAACAGGGCAAAGAAAGGAAGCAGCAGGCAUUAACUCGCCAAAGGAUGAAUGUAUUAUUUGAUGCAGGUCAUUGUUUGCAUUGUAAAUGGAAAGUGGUCAUGCUUUAAAAUUAAGAUUUGCGGUAUUUCCUUGUGGUUAUGAUGUAGAAUCUCUUCCUCUUUCGAUAUAGUUGCUGGUUUUUAUGAUAUGCAGCUUAAG